AUGAAGGAAUCUGGGUUUCAAGAACCAUGUAUAAAAUCGUUUGAAGGAUAUUUGAAAAUAUAUUUAAGGUUUAUUAAAAAACAUACAUGGAUUGGUUCAUUGUUACUUCUAGUAUCAUCAUACGUAUUGUACUUUUUAAGGGGAAAAGGUUCUAGUGACUUUUUAUAUCCUUUUCUAUUUUUAUCAUAUCCUACUUCAGAUACAUUUCCACAGCAGUAUGGAAAAGGAUAUAAAGAUUUAUGUUUUCUUGCCUUUCAUGUUGUUACUUUUAUUUUUUUGAGGGAUUUUUUAAUGCAUGUUUUGAUUAAGCCUAUUGGCCAAAGAAUUAAUAUUAAGAAACGUAAAUUAAAGCGUUUUAUGGAGCAAGGAUACAGUUUAUGUUACUUUUCGAUGUCUUCCGUUCUUGGAAUUUAUAUUAUGUUUCAAAACCGUAUUUGGUAUUUUAAUGUUGAUGCUUUUUAUGAUGGUUAUCCACACAAGACACAUGAUAUAUAUUUUAAGGGAUAUUAUCUUCUUCAAUUUUCUUAUUGGAUUCAACAAACAUUUGUUUUGGUUUUGAAGCUUGAAAAACCUAGGAAAGAUUUUAGAGAAUUUGUAAUUCAUCAUAUUAUAACACUUAUUCUUAUUGGUUUAAGUUAUCGAUUCCAUUUUACAUAUCUUGGUCUGUCUGUAUUCAUUACUAUGGAUACUUCUGACAUUUUUUUGUCUUUAUCAAAGUUAAUGAAUUAUAUACAAUGUAAAGGACAGGCUCUUGUUUUUGGAUUUUUUAUUCUUUUGUGGAUUUACGGACGCCAUUAUUUGAAUAUUGUUUUCCUUUAUUCUAUUUUUACUAGUUUUAAACAUAUUGGUCCAUAUGAAUUAUCAUGGGAAAAAGGACAUUAUAAAUGUUGGAUUAGCCAGGUUAUUAUAUUUAUAUUGUUGUUAGCAUUGCAAAUUGUGAAUAUAUUAUGGCUAGUUCUGAUUCUACGUAUUGCAUAUCGUUUUGUUGUACAUGGAGAGGCCAAAGAUGAUCGAAGUGAUGAUGAGGAUGAGAAAUCGUUAACAAAAGAAAAAGAAGAGUAA